AUGAUAUUCAUCAAACGUCGAUUACAUGCUUUGGCAGCCUGUCGACCAGCAGCAAGUGGAUCAUCUGCGGAGCGGGAUGAACACCAAUUAAUCCAGUGCCUGGCUACCCAUUACCCGCAACUUGGUGGAUUGUGGCAACAGUUGGCGGCAUGGCCAAAGCUUUCAAUGAGCACGACACGAAGAGAGCAUGAAGAAGUCUGGAAUAACUCUUGCAUGGGGCUAAUCCCGAAGUAG